GUCGAUGUCUCUGUGACCCCUCAGAGAGCAAGUCCAACAUCCCCACCCGCUUUGGGAGUGGAGGUGAGUCGAUCAUUGCUCUUUACCUCGCCAUUACAUCACCCCAUCCACGCAUGGCCAUUCCGUCAGCAGCGCCUCGCCAUUGACCGACCUUCUCGAUUCUCUCGAUUCUCCUCUUCUCCUCCUCACUCCUUUUUUCCCCUAGAAAAUAUCCUAUCCCCCUACCAAACUAUCCCUUUGAUCUCGGAAAUCAUCUCCCUCCCGCUGAUCGAGUUACACACCGCCAGCCUGCAAUGCGCCCGUCCCUUGCAGUCCUGGCAACCGCUGCCCUCCAGGCAGUGGUCACAACGGCCUCCACCCUGACUCCGCCUGUGCUCCCCUUGACCGUGCGAAAUCCCUACUUGAGUAUCUGGUUUGGUGGCGGGGCUCGCGAUGCCCCCUGGUCGAGAUGGCCCAUGUUCUACACAGGAGAGGAGGUUGGCCUCUCCCUCCUGGCGCAGGUCCCCAGCACAGGGGCCGUCUACCCGCUGCUGGGAAAGCCGCAAGACUCUCUGUCGCACGAGGAUGGGGCCCCGCCAGUGAAAUUCCCGACCUAUCUCGGUGCCAACUACGACGCGUCCACGACCAACUUUACCUAUCGCAUUGAUGCCUCAUCAACCCCGCUCGACAUCACCGUUUCCUUCCUCUCCCCCAUCACCCCGACGUCGACUCUGCGGCAGUCCAUCCCGGCGUCUUAUGUGACUGUCCAUGUCCACGGCGAUGUGGAAGUCAACGUGUAUAUGGAUGUCAACGGGCGCUGGGUCAGCGGCGACGCAGGAAGUCACAUCAACUGGCAAUAUGACAGCCUGCGCUCGCAGGACAACAAACCCGCCCUGCAAAGAUGGAAGUUUCAACGACAGAAUGAAUUGCUGCUCUCGGAGAUCCGGGACCGCGCCGAAUGGGGCAGUCUCCACUUCACGGGACCCGCUGACGUUCGAUUUCAAUCCGGAGGCGCCGUGGACGUGAGACGCGCGUUUGCAUCCCAGGGAGGCCUGGGGAACACCGAUGACCGUCGCUUCCGACCCAUCAGGGAUCGAGAGCCCGUCUUUGCGUUUUCCAAGAACUUCACCCCCGGCAAAUCCAACAGCGUCACCUUUACCAUCGCCUUGAUCCAAGAUCCCGUGGUGCAAUAUGCGUCCUCGCGAGGAUUGACGAUGAUGCGGCCACUGUGGCAGUCCUGGUUCUCCAGCGUCGAGGCCCUGCUGGACUUCCACUAUCACGACUUCGUCGAUGCGGGAGUCCUUGCGUCCGACUACUCCGACAGGCUGGCCGCGGAUGCCUACAAAUCCGGUGCGCAUGACUACGUUGACAUCGUUGCUCUGACAGCCCGCCAAGUCAUGGGCGCAACCACCUUCUCCGGCACCCCAGAAGACCCGAUCCUGUUCCUCAAGGAGAUCUCCUCCAACGGCAACUUCCAGACCAUCGACGUCAUCUUCCCGGCCUUCCCCUUCUUCCUCUAUACGAACCCGCGAUGGUUGGCCUACCUCCUGGAGCCAUUGAUCGAGCACAUGCUCAGUGGUCAGUAUCCCAACACCUACGCGAUGCAUGAUCUGGGAACACACUUCCCCAAUGCCACGGGUCAUCCCGACGGAAAGGAUGAAUACAUGCCUGUGGAGGAAUGCGGCAAUAUCCUCAUCAUGGGUCUGGCCAUCGUGAACUCGCUCCGUUACUCGGACGAUGCGGCCGCGUCGUCCUUCUGGUCGGCGCAGGGUGCUGCGGCACCGGAAUCUGAUGGAAAUCCCGGAUACUUCCCUCUGAACAGCUUCCAAGCUCUGUCAGGAAUCGACAAGCAGGAUGCCAAGUGGGGUGGCGGUGCCCAAGGCCAUCGCGAAGCCGAGCAGUGGGUCCAGCGCAGCUACAGGCUUUGGACUCAAUGGACGGGAUAUUUGGUGGAUUACUCCUUGGAGCCGGCGAACCAGCUAUCCACCGAUGACUUCGCUGGCUGGUUGGCCUUGCAGACCAACCUGGCCCUGAAAGGCAUUGUUGGUAUUCACGCAAUGAGCAAGCUGGCCGAGGUGGCGGGCCAUCCCGAAGACGCCGCAUACUACAAGAAUGUCUCGGAAACCUACAUCGCCAAAUGGGAAGAAUACGGAAUGUCCCGCGAUAAGUCUCACGCAAAGCUAGCCUACGACUGGUACGGCUCCUGGACAACGAUCUACAACCUCUACGCCGACGCACAGCUAUGCUUCCACCUCGAAGGGACAGAUCUCGACCCUCAGAUCUCCCCCGAUUCCCCCCAGACAUCGGAGAAGAAGACCGGGUUCGUCCCCCGCCACAUCUACCAGAGACAGUCAAUCUGGUACCACUACGUACGACAGAAGUACGGCGUGCCGCUCGACAGCCGACACAUGUACACCAAGACGGACUGGGAAUUCUUCGCCAUGGCCGUAGCCAGCAAGGACACCCGGAGCGAGAUCCUCGAGUCCGUCGCGCAGUGGGUGAACGAGACCAUCACCGACCGUCCGUUCACAGACCUCCACAACACAGAGGGCAAGGGCGGGUUCCCCGGUCCGAACUUCUUCGCCCGCCCAGUUAUCGGUGGACAUUUUGCGUUCUUGGCUUUGGAGCGUGCCUGUGGCGGGCAUGCCAUGGAGGGACUGGCUUUCCUUGACCAGGACGUCAACGUUCAAGAUGAUGGUCUGGGGACUGCGGAGACGUUGGCUGAGUGGGCUGCGACGGCUGCUAAGGCGGUUGGGGAGUUGGCGGGUGGUCAUCUCUUUGGUGAAGAUGAUGAAUUUGGCUGGGGAAGUGGGGAGCUGUGAGGAUCUGGCUAUCAUACUGGAAUAUGUCUGUCGAGAUACGUGUAGUCUUGCUAUAGUAAGGUCAAAUCUACGAUUGAAUAACAAGACAGAUGACUUGAUUAUUUG